CACGAGCUGCAAGUCCAGCCGGUUUGCUUUGUGAAUCUGUCGGGCGGGGCGGUGACCGACUGACCGAUAGCGAAAAUAAGGGGGGCCUUGUCCCCCAUACUCCCUAUUCCGACUACAGCCGGUGAGGGGGAGGGCGGGGGAGGGGACGGCGAGGUGUGGCGACUGGCGGAGGCCGGUUUUCGGGGGAGGAGGGGGACAAACGGACCACACCCAGACGCACUGUGGCAGUAUAAAACGGCGCAACGGACACAAAUGGACAUUCAGCAGCGGAGGUAGCAACAGGAGCAGCAGCAGCACAGCGGUAGCUGUACGAGGCCAUCAUGAAGUGCGCGAUCAUCCUGCUGUGCGUUGCGGCCGCCCGCGGUCUCACCAUGAUGCCGAUGACACACGGCCUCCGCAGCACGGCCGUCUCCCUCCGCACCGGGAUGCCCAUGUCGUUCCUCCGCAAGAAGCGCGAUGUAGACCAGCAGGCUGAUGCAGCUACCCUGCUCUACACCACGCCCUACGCCGGCCUGGGAUACAGCAGCUUCGGGUACAACUACCCCCUCAUCCUCCGCAAGAAGCGCGAUGUAGACCAGCAGGCUGACGCGGCUACCCUGCUCUACACCACGCCCUACGCCGGCCUGGGAUACAGCAGCUUUGGGUACAACUACCCCCUCAUCCUCCGCAAGAAGCGCGACGUUGAUCAGCAGGCUGACGCGGCUACCCUGCUCUACACCACGCCCUACGCCGGCCUGGGCUACAGCAGCUUUGGGUACAACUACCCCCUCAUCCUCCGCAAGAAGCGCGACGUUGAUCAGCAGGCUGACGCGGCUACCCUGCUCUACACCACGCCCUACGCCGGCCUGGGCUACAGCAGCUUUGGGUACAACUACCCCCUCAUCCUCCGCAAGAAGCGUGACGUUGACCAGCAGGCUGACGCUGCCACAUUCUUCUACUCGCCCAUUUCUGCCCUAGGGUACAGCAGCCUAAACUACCCGUUCUAUUUCCGCAAGUAAAGCAGCAUAUGUUGGCCACAAACAAGGAAGUGUCUUCCAGAGGCUGAGAUAUGGCAUCCUUCAAUCCACUAUUCCAAGACUGCUGAGCAACAGAUAUGCGCUUUCAGCAAGAUCAUGCCCGAACUGUAUCCUUCAAGUGUUCACAAUGAUGUAACUAUGCUAGUUGACCAUGCACUGUGCAUUUGAAGAUCAUUUAGAAAAAUAAAAAACAUCUGGCAA